GAUCUUUUACUCUUGGUGCUGGAGAACCAGGGCCCCACUGAUGCCCCAGGCAGCCGGGGCACAGUGAGCUUUGUCCCCAGUGUCCCCUCUCUGGAGGGGUGGGGCACCCAAGUGGUCAUUCCAGGAAAGAGGGUGAUGAGGAGGCGUUUCUGCAAAGCAUCCGGGCAUCUCGGGACUGACUGCCGGUGGCUAGCCCGCUGUCCCACCCCAGCUGCCUGCUAGUGCGGGUGGAAGGUCUGAUGGCCCAGGGAUCCUAGGCUUGUUAGGGGUUCCUGGCAGUAGCUGGACCCUCGCUGGCUCCCUGGUCCCAGGAUAGCCACCUGCAGCUCUAUCCAUGGCGUUUGCUGAGCUCCUGGAGCGCGCAGGGGGAGGGGGUCUCUUCCAGGCCCUGCAGGUCUUCACUCUCCUGCUCCCUUCCAUCUUGGUGCCUCCCCAGCUGCUGAUGGAGAACUUCUCUGCUGCCAUCCCCGGCCACCGCUGCUGGGCCCAUGUGCUGGACAAUAGCUCUGAGGCGCCUGCAAACCUCACCUCCGAGGCCCUCCUGACCAUCUCCAUCCCACCAGGCCCUAACCACGAGCCCCACCAGUGUCUCCGCUUCCGCCAACCACAGUGGCAGCUCCUGGACCCCAACGCCACGGCCACCAACUGGAGCGAGGCUGCCACGGAGCCGUGCGUGGACGGCUGGGUGUAUGACCACAGCACCUUCACCUCCACCAUCGUGUCGGAGUGGGACCUAGUGUGUGAAUACCAGGGCCUGAAGCCCAUGGGCCAGUCCAUCUACAUGGCCGGGGUCCUGAUGGGGUCUGUCUUCUGGGGCCUCCUCUCUGACCGGUUUGGGCGGAAGCCGAUGCUGAGCUGGUGCUGCCUGCAGGUGGCUUUGGCCAACACCAGCACCAUCUUUGCUUCCAAUUUCCUCAUCUACUGUGGCCUCCGGUUUUUGAGUGCUUUUGGAGUGGCCGGCAUCAUCAUGAUCUCAGUGACACUUGUGGCGGAGUGGACCACGACCCGCAGAAGGGCUGUCACCAUAACAAUCGUGGGAUGCUCCUAUAGCCUGGGCCAGAUGACCCUGGGGGCCAUGGCAUUCGUCCUGCGGGACUGGCGAGCCCUCCAGCUGGCCAUGUCGACGCCCUUCUUUGCUAUCUUCCUGAUCUCCUGGUGGCUGCCAGAGUCUGCCCGAUGGCUGAUUAUCAUGGGCAAACCAGAACAAGCGCUUCGGGAGCUCAAAAAGGUGUCCAGGAUAAAUGGCCACAAGGAAGCCACGAAGUCACUGACUGUAGAGGUGCUCAUGACUAGCAUGGAGGAGGAGGUGGCCUCUUCGAAGGCCCGCAAGUCAGUGCUGGACCUGUUUCUCGUGCCCGUGCUCCGCUGGCGAAGCUGCAGCAUGUUCCUGGUGAGCUUCUCCCAGAUGAUCUCCUACUACGGGCUGGUCCUUGACCUGCAAAACCUGGGGAGUGACAUCUUCCUCCUCCAGGUCCUCUUCGGAGCUGUGGACUUACUGGCCCGGGCCACUACCACUUUCUUGCUCAGCUUCUUGGGCCGCCGCAUGACCUUGGCCAGCUUCCAGACCAUAGCUGGCCUCUCCAUCCUGGCCAACAUACUGGUCCCCCAAGAUUUGCAGACCCUGCGCGUGGCCUUCGCCGUGCUGGGAAAAGGAUGCUUUGGCAUAAGCUUAACCUCUAUCUCUGUCUACAAGCCUGAACUCUACCCAACUGUACUGCGGAUGACAGCAGAUGGCUUCCUGCAGUCGGCAGGUCGUCUGGGGGCUGUGUUGGGCCCCCUAAUCAGGCUGACUCGCCAGGCCCUGCCCCUGUUGGCCCCCAUCUCCUAUGGUGUCAUUCCCAUCGCUUCCAGCCUCAUCCUCCUGCUCUUCCUCCCGGAGACCCAGGGACUUCCACUUCCUGACACCAUCCAGGACCUGGAGAGCCAGAAAUCAGCAGCUGCCAGGGGCAAGCGUCAAGAGGUGAUCAUUACAGAAAGUACCUGGUUCUAGCAACUCUGCCUGUGUGGAGCCUCUUUGGCUAAAGAUCUCUAUGAAGGGAAUUGCCUUCUCUCCAGUGGAGGGGUGGAAGCAGUUUGGAGACUCCUGAGGGUCUGGCGUGGCCGGUGCCAGGCUGCUGGGCUGAGCGCCAGCAUUGCCAUCCACUGAGGCUGAAGGCUGCUUUCCCACUCACUUCUCUUCCCCUACAUCCUGGUCAGAUGCUCCCCCAACCUCAGGCCUGCAGACCCUGGCCGGUUAACAGGAUGGCCCGUUAACCCCUGCCAGGCUCUCAUCUUCACACCUUCAUUCAGAACUCCUGACUCACUUCACUGAGCUGGGAGCUGCAGGUUUCUUACCUCUGAUCUACCAGAGCAGAUCAUAGGACAGAAAGGGAAGGAUCCGGGGGCAAGGAUCCUGGGAAGCUCAGGUGAUGAAACAUCUGCCUUCAGCUCAGGUCAUGGUCCCAGGGUCCUGGGAUCAAGCCCCACAUUGGGCUUCCUGCUUGGCAGAAAGUCUGCUUCUCCCUCUCCCUCUGCCUACUGCUUCCCCUGCUUGUGCUCUCUCUUUCUGUCAAAUAAAUAAAAUCUUUAA